CUGGCAAGUUCUAUCGUGCGUUAUUCAGUUCUAUCGUGCGUUAUUCAGUUCUAUCGUAUGUCAUUCAGUCCUACUGUUUGUUUUCCAUCCUCCGUUAACCAUUCAGCAACAAGUACUCCAAUACCACCAUGGCUGCCUUACAAUCCUUCAGAGUCCUAGUCUUCAGUAACAGCGCCGGCUACAGACACACCUCCAUUGCAACCGGCAUCACCUCCCCUGAACACCUCGCAGAUCAGACUGACGUCUUUACCAUAACGGCCAGUGAAGAUGCCUCGCUCUUCAGGCCCUCAACUCUCUCAGCCUUUCGCGUCAUCAUCCUUCUUUACACUGCUUUACGAACCUUCGUCAACUCAGGUGGUGGUGUCUUCGCAAUCCAUGGCGCAGCAGCCGGUAUGCCCUCUUCCGAGUGGUAUGGAAAGCAAAUCGGUGCGCAUUUCGACAUGCAUCCUGAUCCUGAGCCCGGUUCCCUUAUCGUCUCGGACGCUGCACACCCCUGGUACAACUUCACUUCGCAUCCAUCUGAAAAUUCCAAUCCACGGAUCCUACUAAGGGGGAGACACGAUAAGCUCCAAGGGCGGGAAGCAUGGGGACGAUCAUCCGCUAGCGUGGUGUCAGGAGUUUAA